GUUUGGCGCAAAUGUUAACCCGGAAGUAUUCUUUGCUACACGGUGCUCAGUGCGUUGAAUGAACGUGAAGGUGUGCAAUCGACAGAAAUUCAGAAGUCGCUAAAAGGAACGUGAAGUUGUGUUAUUUUUCAGUCACUGAAGACAGUAACAACACAAUGAGUCUGUUGAACAAGCCAAAGUCGGAGAUGACUCCAGAGGAGCUCCAGAAACGCGAGGAGGAGGAAUUCAACACUGGACCCUUGUCUGUGCUUACACAGUCAGUGAAGAACAACACCCAAGUCCUCAUAAAUUGCAGAAACAACAAGAAACUUCUUGGACGAGUUAAGGCUUUCGACAGGCACUGUAAUAUGGUCCUGGAGAAUGUAAAGGAGAUGUGGACAGAGGUGCCUAAGAGCGGAAAAGGAAAGAAGAAGUCAAAGCCGGUCAAUAAGGAUCGCUACAUCUCCAAAAUGUUCCUGAGAGGUGAUUCUGUUAUCGUCGUGCUAAGGAACCCCCUCAUCACAGGCAAAUAGACUGUCAGAGUAACAUGCCAGUUUGGCCAAACGAAUGCAAGUCUUGGUGUGGACAACUGGUCCGACCAACCAGUCUCGAGAAUCAUUGUGUCUUUUGACUUAUUUGAUUAAUGGAGUGAAUUUCUUGAUUUUUGUUUUUGUCCGUGUGGAUUCUUCUUUGAAGCAACUUUAGUUUACUACUUUUAUAAAAUAAACAUUGUGACGAUA